AAAAGAAAAAAGCUGUUUAUAUAUCCAACUAAAAAAUGUGUGGGUUCACGAUCUCAUUCUUUCCUUGUAAAAGAAAGAAAAUCCCUUAGGAAGAAGAAAAUAAGAAGAAAGAUAAAAAUGAAGUCCAAAACCUGCAAUAAUAAUAUUAUGUUUACAUUAUUAUUAGCAAUAACAUGGAGCUCGUUUAUGGAAUUCAAAUUCGUAGUUUCAGACUCAGGAAUUAAACUUCUAAACAAAGGUUGCAGCAAUUACAACGUCUCCAGCUUAUCGAAGUUCAAUUCCAAUCUCAACGACACCUUCAGGAGUCUUAGGACGCAGCUCAACGCUGGAAACCAUUUCGCCAUCGCGAAGCAACUUGAAGGUGCCGAUGGAGUGUUUGCAAUGGUGCAGUGUAGAGAUUACAUGUCCACCGCCGAAUGUAUUGCUUGUUUCCGUGCUGCUUCUAUCGAAGUUCGCAGCUGUUCCCCCGGUAAUGGCGGCCGUGUUGUCUACGAUGGCUGCUUUGUCAGGUACGAGAGGAAUGACUUCUACGGGGAGACCACUCGAGAUGCCAACCGUGAGUACUGUGAAAAUCAAACUACAUCUCUGACUGCUGCUUUCCAAACAACUGCAGAUAGCUUGUUAAGAGAUCUUCAGAUCGCAACACCAAGGAUUAAUGGUUUCUUCACUGCCAGUAAGAGAGACAUAGUAGGUGUCAGUAAUGCAUCAGUUUAUGGCAUUGCACAAUGUGUUCAAACAAUUGAUAUGAGUGGCUGCUUAGCUUGUAUGCAAGUGGCUUAUGCCAACAUACAAAGAUGUCUUCCUAAGACAGACGGUAGAGCAGUCGAUUCUGGGUGUUUCAUGAGGUAUUCAAAUAAACCUUUUUUCGCCGAUAACCAGACUAUCAAUCUUGAGCCAUUCCUAAAAACAGGAAGUUCAAGCAAAAAGACAGCUCUUAUUGCAGGAGUGGCAGGAGGUGUAGGUCUUAUUUUGCUUAUAAUUGGGUUGUUUGCAUGGUUUAAGCUUUCAAGGAGGAAGGCAGCGGCAGGAGGGUUAGUGUCUUAA